AUGAGCUUGGAACAAUGGUUUAUAAAAGUAGUGCUGCAAGAUAUACAAAUUCCUGAAACCAAGAAUGUUACCGGGUUACGUGGGAAAUUGAAUAAGGUUGUGCUGGCUUACAGUGGUGGCUUAGACACAUCAGUGGUUGUCCCCUGGCUGAGAGAGAACUACGGUUGUGAUGUUGUUUGCUUCACUGCUGACGUUGGUCAAGGUGCACAAGAAUUGGAAGGUUUAGAAGAGAAGGCCAAAGCCAGUGGAGCCUCCCAGUUAGUUGUGAAGGAUUUGAAGGAGGAAUUUGUUAGAGACUAUGUAUUCCCUUGCCUGCGUGCUGGUGCACUUUAUGAGAGGAAAUACUUGCUUGGAACGGCAAUAUCCCGCCCUGUGAUUGCAAAGGCCAUGGUGGAUAUUGCCAAAGAAGUUGGAGCAGAUGCUGUCUCCCAUGGUUGUACAGGAAAAGGAAAUGAUCAGGUUCGGUUUGAGCUCUCUUUUUUUGCUCUGAAUCCCAAGUUAAAUGUUGUGGCUCCAUGGAGGGAGUGGGAUAUUACAGGGAGAGAAGAUGCUAUAGAGUAUGCUAAGAAGCAUAAUGUACCUGUUCCUGUAACCAAGAAAUCAAUAUACAGCAGGGACAGGAACCUUUGGCACAUAACCCAUGAGGGUGAUGUUUUGGAAGACCCAGCAAAUGAACCUAAAAAGGAUAUGUACAUGAUAACUGCAGACCCAGAGGAUGCUCCCAAUGAACCAGAAUACGUGGAAAUCGGGAUAGAGUAUGGUGUUCCUGUAUCAGUGAAUGGGAAGAGGCUUUCACCAGGAAACUUGGUUGCCAAGCUGAAUGAGAUCGGUGGAAGGAACGGAAUUGGCCGAGUCGACCUUGUUGAAGACAGGAUUGUAGGCAUGAAGAGCCGUGGAGUUUAUGAAACCCCUGGUGGCACCAUCCUCUUCGAUGCAGUGAGGGACUUGGAGGGCUUAACACUUGACAGAGAAACACUUCAGCUGAAAGACACAUUGGCCCUCAAGUAUGCAGAGUUAGUUUAUGCUGGGAGGUGGUUUGAUCCGCUCCGCGAGUCCUUGGACGCCUUCAUGCAUAAGAUCACAGAGACCACAACAGGCUCAGUGACUUUGAAGCUCUACAAAGGUUCUACUGCUGUGACUGGAAGGAAGAGCCCUUAUAAUCUUUACAGAGAAGAUAUUUCUUCAUUUGAUACUGGGGAUUUAUACAAUCAUGCUGAUGCUGUUGGCUUUAUCAAGCUUUACGGUCUUCCAAUGAGGAUUAGAGCAAUGAUGCAACAAGGCCUCUAGAUGGUGCUUGAUUUCUUUAUGGCUUUGUUUUAGACUAUGCUUUCCAAUUUCCAUGCACUUUGAUUUAUGUUUGUGGGAACCUUUGCUCUGAAUAAAACUGUUCUCACUUAUGGGAGCACAAAAUUCAAACAUUUCAACUCAAUCAAUUCAGACUCAAUAUUUAUCUUUGAAGCUUA